CAUGAUUCAUCUACUAUAAUAAUUAACAGCGAACAUGGUCUUCAUCCUACUUCUCAUAAUCCUCCUCUCAUCCACCUGCUUUUCCCAGGAUGGAGCAUUAACUGGACAAAGACAUCAAACCCUAGAAACCAAAAUCAUCUACGCAGCCCAUUACUCCGGCACAAUCCACACCCUCGCCCUGACGCACCACGAAAACGGAACAUACUCGUUAACAGAGACGUCGGUGGUGCGGUCGCGCGUGCUGCACCCGAGCUGGAUCACGUUUGAUCGUGUUGAGCGUGUUUUGUAUUGUUCUGAUGAGUUUGGGGUGUCGGACUCAGAUUCAAGCACAGUAGACGAUCUGAUCGCCUACUCCGCCUCGCAGGAUGGAAGAUUAUCUGAAAUUGCGGCUGUGAGAGGGAUGGGUGGGGUGCACAGUGUUAUUUACGGUGAUGCAAGGAAGUAUUUAGGUGUUGCUAAUUACCACAAAUCAACCCUCUCGACAACCUCUCUCCCCCUAGCAUCAAGCAAAGAAGGGGAAACCCAAAUACAAACCCUCAACUUCACAUCCUCAAUGCCCCAUCCCGGCCCUAAUCCCAUCCGCCAGGAGCGGCCACAUCCGCACCAGAUCCUCCUCGACCCGACAGGCAUGUUUCUCCUUGUUCCUGAUCUGGGGGCUGAUCAGGUUCGUGUGUUGCGUGUUCAGCGUGAUACGGGCGUGCUCCACGUUUGUGAGGAUUCGGAUGGGAUUGUUGAGGCGGGGAGUGGGCCGAGACAUGCUGUUUUUCUUUCUUCUGCAUCUGCAUCUGGGUCUGGCUAUGGAUAUGGAGACUCGUCUCAGGUCCGGAUUAGCGAAUCUGGACCUGCACAUGGAUCUAGAUCUAGAUCUGGCUUUCAACAUGCAUAUGCAGAAACACUCCUCCUCGCUAAUGAAUUAACAAAUACGCUCUCUCUCAUCCAGGUAAGCUACAGCAACGACAGCCGCAACAGCAGCAAAGAAACCAGUCCAACCCUCCACGAAACAAGAACAAUUCCCCUAAACGUACCAAACACAAAUACGUCCCUCGCUGAGAUCCAAGUCGUAAACAACUUCAUCUACGUCUCCCUCCGCGGGGAUCAGAGUUACGCACCCAAUGACUCGAUCGCCAUGCUGGAUCCGGACCUGGACCGCGCAAAGGGGGACGGGAUGCGGGUCGAGGGGCUUUUUUCGGCGUAUGGGGCUGGUCCGAGGUCGUUUGUUGUUGAUCAAGCUGGUGGGCUGGUGGUUGUCGGGAAUCAAGUGUCUUCGAGUGUGGUUGUUUUGAGGAGGGAUCCUGUUACAGGGAGAUUGGGAGAGAUGGUCGCUGGGUUGGAGAUUAAGGGUCAUGAGAAUGAUAAUAAUGCCUCAGAGGUCGACGGGAUUAGUUGUGUUGUCUGGGAUGAAUAG